AGCCUCUUCAUGCUGUGUUCCCAUUCAGUCCUGAGUCUUGGCCCGCCUCCCACUCCAUACUGCUUCAGUCCUGGCCUCCCCCGCCCCUGCGCUCCAUGUGCAUCCAGUCUCAAGGACCCUCCUCGUUUGCUGCGCUCCUUGGCCCUGCCUGCACGUUAUAGUCAUUGACCCCUGGUGUCCCGAGAGGUGAGAGGUGGGGCUAAGCUGCCAACGUGGGUUCUGGACUCCGACUUCCCCCAGAGGUCAGGGCUCUUCCUAGCUGGUGAGGUUCGGUUGGACUGUUGGGCCAAUGCUCAGUUUGACUGAAAUCAAAGAAACUGCCCAUUUAUGCCAGCUGAAGUCCUGGCCCAGGGGCUCUAGCCUGGAAUGUCCCCUUUACUCACUGGUUCUCAAACGCACACCUCAUUCAUGCUGAGUCAGGACUCCCCGGACUGGAGACUCUUUGUAUCACAGACGCAACUGCAGAGCCAGUGUCUUCCCACGUAACAGGCUCGUUGAGCGAACGAUGUCUUUCCUUCGGCUGUUUUUCUUGAUGCAAGGUUUUGCUAAAUGCAGGAUCUGCAAGGAUUGCAUUCUCUUUGCCAGGAGGAGACAUGGGACGGGGUGCGGCAAGGCGCCCAGGAUUAUGGCAUCUUCCUCCUGCUCCUUGUCCCCUUUCUUUUUCUUCUGUGUCCUGGUUCUCUCUGACAUCCGCCCAGUGGGCUCCCUGGACCCUGGCACCCAGGACAAAAACAUCCCAGAGACUAACAACAACCUUCAAAACGAGGAGCUGUGGCAGCAUCAGCCCCGAGCAGGGCACCACCGCAGGCAUGGUGGAGCCAGGAAGGACAGGGCCCAUGGCAUGACUUCCAGAGGGCAGGUGUCUGGAGAGGAGGCCCUCAGGCUGGCAAGCGGGACUCCAGCGGGGGAGGACCAGGGAGCAAUCCAGCGGCCCGCUGCCCUGAAGCAGCAGAAGGACGUGUUUCUGGGCUUUGAGUUCCCAUAUCCUGAGAGAGAGAACCAGUCCCCGGGGUCGGAGAGGGGGAAGAAGCAGAACCGGGAGCACCGGCGGCACAGCCGCAGGGAAAGGCUGAAACAACACAGAGGCAAAGGCCCUGACCCUGGGCCGAGCUCGCUGUAUAAGAAGCCUGAAAACUUUGAGGGGCAGUUUCAAAACCUGCAGGUGGAGGAAUUCACAGGUCUGGCUCCCACGGUGCUCCUCUUCACCACACUGGAGACAGCAGCUUCUACUGAGGAACCACCAGCUCUUGCAGCCGCAUCCCUUCGGCCCCAGGCCCGUGUCAGGCAAGAUGGGGACGUGAUGCCCACCCUGGAUAUGGCUCUGUUUGACUGGACAGAUUAUGAAGACCUCAAGCCAGAAACGUGGCCAUCUGCCAAGAGGAAAGAGAAACACCGUAGUAAGAGCCCCAGCAGUGGGAAUGAAACCGUGGCGGCUGAAGGAGAACCAUGUGACCAUCACCUUGACUGCCUCCCAGGAUCCUGCUGUGACUUGCGUGAGCACCUCUGCAAACCGCACAAUCGAGGCCUUAACAACAAAUGUUAUGAUGACUGCAUGUGCACUCAAGGGCUACGUUGCUAUGCCAAAUUUCACCGGAACCGAAGAGUGACCCGGAGGAAAGGGCGUUGUGUGGAGCCGGAGUCAGCCAGCGGUGAUCAGGGAUCGUUCAUUAACGUGUAGAAGGGGGCAGAGAUUCAUUUCCAGCCUGGAGGGCCAGGGACGAGUUAUUUAUAACUAGCAGUGGGGAGGGGUGGGAAAAUAUCUACCAAAUGAUUGAAGCUGCAGGCUCUGAUCAGGCAGGGCCCUAACAAGACUGAUUCUGGUGAUGAGAUGAGGGUAGUUGUUCUCCACCUUUUCUAUCCCAGGACCACACACCCCCCCCCCCCGGACAUCUCUCCCAUCUCACUGGGACCCCCCUCUCCCAUCUAGCAGAGUGAUUGGGGCCCCCUGACACCAGUUCAUCACCCUUGAGUUGAGAACCUCUGAAACAGGGGAAAGGGGCCUUAUAUUCUCUCUGCUGAGAGGGAAAGAAUUCAAGACUCUCUUCUCACUGCAGCUGAAGUUGCCUCCUUUAGGUCGAAUGGAAGCCAGGGCUUAAGUCUUUCGCCUCGGUUAUUUCUUGUGAGAAGACUGGGAGGAGCUCCCCUGGGAAUCCUGGGUUCUGGGACAGGUGGGCGGGUGUCCUUGUUCUCUCCUGCUUGAAACCUAUAUGAGAGAUCAGAGAAGAUAACCAGGAAAUUGGAUACCCCGAACCGGACCAUUGCAUGGGACAUGCCCAUUCUCUGCAGACCUGAAAUUCUUGCUUUCCCUAUGGCUUAUCGCCCACAGCCAGUUGGAUUCUUUCUUCUCUACCUAGGAUUGUGGGGCAGUGACGCACGGCUAAGCAGUGCUUUAGUGAUAGCCCACGUCACACACUGGACAAACACUCGCCUUCACUGGUGACUCUGUCCAGAACCCACACCUCAGUGUCUGUGUGGGGUAAUUUGGAAGAUAAGAGCCUGAACCUCAGCUGGUGUAUGUGGCUGCUGCUCCAUUGACUUCAGGGGAGUUGGAACCAUUUUACACCACCCGAAGAUCUGGCCCUACAUGUGUAGGUGAUGAGUCACUGGAUCUUAGUUCUGCUCUUUGCUUUGCCAGAGACUCGCUGUGGGGUCAGGGUGAGUCACUCUACCGCUCUGUGCCUCUGUUUCCCCUUCUGUACAAUGGAGAUGUCUCCCUCCCUCCUUCAGUUCAUUCAUGUUGGUGACCCACUUUUCAGAGCCUCCGGUGCGCUGUGCUGUUGGCAAGGGGCGCCAGCCGGCAUGCUCCCUUUCAGAGGACCAGCAGCUCUAAUCUGAGUGACCAGGCAGAUCUAUGAGGGGGCUCUUGGCAAGAGGACUCGAUUGGGGGCUGGUGCAGUUAGCCAGAGGGUCUGUCCCUGGGGUCUGCACUGCGACAUUGGGACACGGGGAGAUGCUGAUUUUGCUUUUCUUCAACCAGCAGCCAAGGCUGGAACGAGACUCACCUAGCCACAAGGCCAUGCCCUGUUUUAGGUCCCACUACAGUUUGCAGACUCUGAGUUCCUGAGCCUGUCCCUUCCCCAUCCCUCCCGCUCUCUCCCAUGGAGGACAAGCUGGUUGGGAUGGGCUGAAGCUAAAUGUCCCGGCCUGCAGCUCUCACUCAUUUGGUUCUCCUUUGGAGUGUGGGUUUUUUAAUGAUUAUUUUUAGGAGUUUUCUGGGGAAAUGCAGUUUUCCUAGUGAACAGACAAUAACGUUUCUGAUGAUGGAAGGUGGGGGAGGGCUGUUACCUUGUAGUACAUCCUGUGACGUGUUGCAUGUGCAUUUGGUUGCGAUGUAAAUAAAGAGAUGAUAGUUAUCCUUUG